UAUCAUAGUACCAGUUCAUGAUGUACUUCGUAGAACUUACGGUAAAAAACAGUCGUGGACAGAAAUCGUGGAAAUCUCCMUCCACUUUUGUUUCGUUCGUUCAUCGUACCAACUCAUCAUCUUUGCUAGCUUUCUCGAAGAGCCUAACUCUUCGCGGCUGGRCUCGGAACAUUGGUCACCGUGCAAUGACAUCACAAUUCGAUAGCGUUGUAUCCUCUCACGAUGCCGGCAACAAGAAGACAGCGAUCUCAAAAAGAAUCCGUGACACCAGAUCUCGUGGCGUCGGUGACUUYGGAGAMAGGAAGCAAUAGGCCGACCAGAAGAAGCACGAGAAGAACAGCCGUGAAGGCGGAAGAGAGCGUCGUGGAUGGGACUGAUUCYGCCGCAGUAAAAGAAGAAGAACCCGAGGCCGACGAGGGUGAUGAAAACGACGACGACCAAGAGAACCUCGAGAACUCUUACUUCUUGGAUGGCCAAAAAUUCACCAACUACCAAGACUAUGUGRCCGCCAAGCGCAAACGAAACCAGGCCGUCAUCAUGAAGCUCGGCUUUGGCUCCUCUGGGAACGACGCUAACAAACGCCUCAAGAUCGGUCGAGAGGCAAACCCGGCGACGCAACGGGGGCUUCGAAGCAACAAAAAGAAGGCUGCGAACAAAGCACCACCGGUUCGAAGCCGCAAAUCRAGCAGGAUUUCCGGCGAUGGYACCAAGCUCKUGGCCCUCGACAUGUACGCCAACGAUUGGGCYCUGUACAACACCGUGGUGRCGAMAAAGGGCGAGGGAGGAAACRAUGCCGAGAGCGACGAGGAUGAACAGGAAACAUUCUUCAAGGGCCGUGUGAACGAUGGUUCGCCCCUGUCUCUGAAGGAGGCAAUCGAGAUGAACGAGCCCAAAUGGAUCCACGACGACUCGGAAGACAAUGCCAAACGGCUCCUCCAGAAGCUGGUGUCGUGUGACGAUUCCGAAUCCGCAAAGAGCGAUGCGCGAAGAAGUCCGACCUCCGUUGUAUCGGCAUCCUGGGAGACAGAGCUGACCGACAAGGUAGAGGCACUCUCUAUCGACAAGGAGGAAUGGAUCUGCAAGGUCACCCCCGAUCGAAUCUACGGUGUGGCGACCCAUCCGAGCGAAUCCAAACUCAUUUGUUGUGCCGGUGACAAGCAAGGGUACGUCGGAUUGUGGGACGUGGACGGGAAAAGCGCCGGAGACGAGGGCGGGGAGAAGGAGAACAACGGUGUAGUCUCUCUGUUCCGCGUUCACAGCCGCCCUAUCUGCUGCCUCGAAUGGAUGGACAACGAGCACAUGGUCACGGCUUCCUACGACGGAAGCGUUCGUCGAUUGAAUGCCCAGACCGGAACAUUUGAGGAGAUCUUUGCCACCUACGACGAAUCCGAUUCCACGUAUCUGGAGGAUCUGGGAUUCGGCCUCGACCAGGGGUACCGAUACUGGACCCAAAGCGUGGCAACGGACCACCGGUACAAGGAUGCCUGUCUUUUUGUGUCCACCUCUCUCGGGGACGUCUUUCACGUGGAUUUGAGAAAAAAGCAAAAGAUGACCUUUCACGAAACGGUCAGCGACAAAAAAAUCAAUUCGGUCAGGUGCGUGCCUGUUCCAUCCUUCUGGUUUUGUUCCCCGUGUUGCCAGGAAACAAUCGCUAACUCACAAUGCCCAUUUUUUGUUUCCGCCCUUCUUGUUUGUUUGGUAACGAUGCAUUGUAACGAUGCAGCCUUCAUCCAAACGGAACAACCCUGGCUUCUUCCGGCAACGAUGGGGUCGUGCAAUUGUUCGACAUAAGAAAGUUUGGUGAUUCGAGGAACUCCUCAAAAUCGCCCAAGCCAUUGUGUACCCAAACCGCGGGGCUCUCCGUGAGCAGUUCCUUCUUUUCUCCCAGUGGAAAGAGCCUCCUAACCACMUCUUUUGCCAAUCGUCUUGACCUGACGGAGGAUGCGCAUCUCGCAAAGGGCGGGAAAAAAAUCCAGCCGACCCAUAGCAUUCGGCACAACAACCAAACCGGUAGGUCCAACAAAGGAAUCAAUCGAUCGCCCUUUUCUUUCGCACUGCACUGGAAUUCUCAACAAUCUUUUCGUCCACACGACAAUGUAACCCUUUCGCGUAUAACAACAACAACGACAACAACGGGUCACAGGUCGCUGGUUGACAACUUUCCAGGCAAGAUGGCAUCCAGCGGCGGACAUUUUCUGUUGCGGCAGCAUGAACAAACCCCGCUGCAUGGAAAUUUUCGAUGCGAAUGGYCGACUCYUGCGGGAAGUGACGGGAGAAGCCCUUGGCUCCGUCAUGAGCCGAACGUGCUUUCACCCCUCGACCAAGCAACUAAUUCUAGUAGGUGGCAACUCGAGUGGUCGAAUGGUAGCCAUUCGGUAGACAAUUUUGAAUGCACGCGUUGGAUYGCCACAAACAGCUAUCGAUUUUGUUUCUCGUGGRAAACCARCAUUGCGAAACGGUGGCCUUYGGCMGGAUCCAUAAAUAAAUACUACGAUUUGUA